CCUCUUAAUGGAAAUAAUCCCUCUUUAAUGUUUUAGCUUUUGGAAAAGAAGAAGAGAGUCCAACUCAAGGAUAUGGGGGAGGAUUUGGAGUGCCUCUGUCAGAUAAUGAGGACAGUGGGACCUAGACUAGACCAUGCAAAAGCCAAGUCCUUAAUGGAUCAGUACUUUGCCCGUAUGCGCUCCUUGAUGUUAAGUAAGGAAUUGCCAGCAAGGAUUCGUUUCCUGCUGCAGGAUACUGUGGAGUUGAGAGAACACAACUGGGUUCCUCGCAAAGCUUUUCUUGACAAUGGACCAAAGACUAUCAAUCAAAUCCGUCAAGAUGCAGUAAAAGAUCUGGGAGUCUUUAUUCCUGCUCCUAUGGCUCAAGGGAUGAGAAGCGACUUCUUUCUGGAGGGACCGUUUAUGCCACCCAGGAUGAAACUUGACAGGGACCCACUUGGAGGGCUUGCUGAUAUGUUUGGACAAAUGCCAGGUAGCGGAAUUGGUACUGGUCCAGGAGUUAUUCAGGAUAGAUUUUCACCAACCAUGGGACGUCAUCGUUCAAAUCAACUUUUCAAUGGCCAUGGGGGACACCUCAUGCCUCCUGCUCAAUCCCAGUUUGGAGAUCUAGGCAAAUCUUUUUUGAAAAAUCAGGGGCAAAGCCAGCUCUACCAUAACCAGAAUCAGGGACUGUUAUCCCAGCAACAAGGACAGUCGAAGGAUAUGCCACCUCGGUUUUCUAAGAAAGGACAGCUUAAUGCAGAUGAGAUUAGCCUGAGACCUGCUCAAUCUUUUCUAAUGAAUAAGAACCAAGUGCCAAAGCUUCAGCCCCAAAUAACUAUGAUUCCUCCCAGUGCACAACCACCACGCACUCAGACACCACCUUUGGGACAGCCUCCUCAGCUUGGUCUCAAAACAAAUCCACCACUUAUUCAAGAGAAGCCUGCAAAGAUCAGUAAAAAGCCGCCACCUUCUAAGGAAGAAUUGCUUAAACUCACUGAAGCUGUUGUGACUGACUAUCUGAACAAUGGAAAUGCAAAUGAUGCUAUCAAUGGUGUGAGAGAAAUGAGGGCUCCAAAGCCCUUCUUACCUGAGAUGUUGAGCAAAGUAAUCAUUCAAUCCCUAGACCGAUCAGAUGAAGAUAAAGAGAAAGCAAGUGCUUUGAUCAGCUUACUCAAACAGGAAGGAAUAGCCACUAGUGACAACUUCAUGCAGGCAUUCCUGAAUGUAUUGGACCAGUGUCCCAAACUGGAGGUAGACAUCCCUUUGGUGAAAUCCUACUUAGCACAGUUUGCAGCCCGUGCCAUUAUUUCAGAACUGGUGAGCAUUUCAGAACUGGCUCAACCACUGGAGAGUGGCACCCAUUUCCCCCUCUUCUUGCUUUGCCUUCAGCAGUUAGCUAAGUUACAAGACCGGGAAUGGCUAACUGAACUCUUCCAACAAAGCAAAGUCAACAUGCAGAAGAUGUUGCCAGAAAUUGAUCAGAAUAAGGAUCGUAUGCUGGAGAUCUUGGAAGGGAAAGGACUGAGUUUCUUGUUCCCACUUCUGAAACUGGAGAAGGAACUGUUGAAGCAAAUAAAGUUGGAUCCAUCCCCUCAAGCCAUCUAUAAAUGGAUUAAAGACAACAUUUCACCCAAACUUCAUGUAGAUAAGGGAUUUGUGAAUAUUUUGAUGACCAGUUUCUUGCAGUAUAUUUCAAGUGAAGUGAGCCCGCCUAAUGACGAACCAGAUUCUUCAUCUGCUCCUUCUAAAGAGCAGUUAGAACAGGAAAAACAACUGCUUCUUUCCUUCAAGCCAGUAAUGCAGAAGUUUCUUCAUGACCAUGUUGAUCUACAAGUGAGUGCUCUGUAUGCACUUCAGGUGCACUGCUACAACAACAACUUUCCAAAAGGCAUGUUACUGCGCUUUUUUGUUCAUUUCUACGACAUGGAAAUUAUUGAAGAGGAAGCCUUUUUGGCAUGGAAAGAGGAUAUUACUCAAGAGUUUCCAGGGAAGGGCAAAGCUUUAUUCCAGGUAAACCAGUGGCUAACCUGGCUGGAAACUGCUGAAGAGGAAGAAUCUGAAGAAGAUGCUGACUAAAGAACCAGCCAAAGCCUUAAAUUUGUGCAAACACUGUUGCUAUGAUGUAACUGCAUUUGACCUAACCACUGCGAAAAUUCAUUCCGCUGUAAUGUUUCACAAUAUUUAAAGCAGAAGCAUGUCAAUAGGAUGUUCUUCUGCAUAAGGUUUUUGUAGUAUGUCUUAAUCAUAGUCUACCAUAAAAUAUUUUAGAGUAUCUUUAAUGUUUAGAUAACAGUGUAUUAGCAGCAUGCAAUAAUUACAUCAUAAGUUCUCAAGCAGAAGCAGUCUAUUGCAAGGGUUUUCUUUGCUGCCAGUUAUCAUAGGCUGUUAAGUUAGAAAACUGAAUAGCAACACUGAAUACUGUAGAAAUGCACUUUGCUCAGUGUAAUACUUGAGUCGUUGCAAUAUUUGAUUAUCCAUUUGGUUGUUACAGAGAAUCCUUAACUGUAAUCGAUGGUUGUUGCCGUAAUAGUAUAUUGCCUGUAAUUCUACCUCUAGUAAUGGGCUUUAUGUGCUAGAUUUUAAUAUCCUUGAGCCUGGGCAAGUGCACAAGUCUUUUUAAAAGAAACAUGGUUUACUUGCACAAAAACUGAUCAGUUUGGAAAGGUGGUUAAAUGCCCUUGGAAGUGGUUUUUGUGGGUGUGAAACAUAAAAUGGUGAGAAAUUGAAUUGGUCCCUCUUAUUAUAGUAUUGAAAUUAAGUCUACUUAAUUUAUCAAGACAUGUUCAUGCCCUGAUUUUAUAUACUUGUAUCUAUCAAUAAACAUUGUGAUACUUGACUUGUU